AUGGCCAGCCCUAAAUUGCGAAAGAAAAGGCCCACCACUUCCGACAACAGAGGCACUGCAGAUCACGAUGCUAGCACGUACGAUUUUUUCCUUGACAUUGAAGCUGCACAGCGGAAAGACAAUGAGAUUCACUUUUUCAGACUUGUGUCUUUUACCGCCGUGCUGGUAACUCUCUUCGUGUUCGCUUACCACAAAUACGAAGUUUCUCGACUUAAGACGCUGUUGAAGAUAAAAGACGAACAAUACAUCAGCGCAAUGACUGGAGGAGUGGUAUUGACGGGAGAAGAUGCUUCUGUGUAUGUCAUGAUUAUGGAUCAGUUUUUAUCCUUGAUUUAUAUCAUCGCCAUUUUGGUUGGCGUAAUAACCUGGUGGUAA